CCCCAGGGCACCAUGGACCGAGGCAACACGACUCUCCCACCAACUGCUGGGGCAAAUUCCAGCCAGACCCCAGCAGCUAUGACCUCCGCUCACCUGGCCUCUGCUGUGUUGCUCUUCCCCACCUUCCUGGUGGGUGUGGUGGGGAAUGGGCUGUACCUGUGGGUGCUGGGACUGAAGGUGAGGAGGAUGGUGACCAUGCUCUGGUUCCUCUCCCUGGUCUCCUCUCAUCUCCUUUUCACCCUGCUGAUCCCUUUCUUCAUUGUCUCCUUCCUCAUGGGUUUCCACUGGGUCUUCGGCAUAGCCAUGUGCAAGAUCCUCAAUACUUGCAUCUCUGUGGUCAUGUUCUCCUCUAUCAUCCUUCUCAGACUCAUCAGCCUGGACUACUACACCCUCACUCACCACCCCAUCUGGUGCUGGAAUCACUGCACCGUGCCCCAGGCUGGGAAGCUGGUUGUGGGCAUGUGGCUGGCCUCCUUCUGUGUCAGCGCUCCCUACCUGGCUUUCCGGGAGACCCGGGUGUUGGACGGGGGCAGAACCACCUGCACCAAUAAUUAUGCCCUCUCUGGAAACUGGAAUGGAGCCGAGAUGCAGGACCUGGGCAGAUGGGUCCACCAAGCUGUCUUCAUAGUCCAGUUCUUGCUGGGCUUCCUGCUGCCCUUCUACACCAUCACAGAAUGCUAUAUCUGUGUGGGGCUGAAGAUGAAGGAGAAGAAGCUGGCAUGGCCUGGGAAGCCCUUCAAAGUCAUGGUGACCGUGGUGGUUUCCUUCUUCCUCGGCUGGCUGCCCUACCACCUCCACCGUGGCUUGAAGCUCUACAAGAAGAAGGUGACAGAGUCAGCAUCAGGCGCCCUCUUUGUCACUCAUAUCUUCAUGUCCUGCUUCAAUGCUGGUUUCAACCCCGUCCUCUAUCUCUUUGUGGGGGAGAAGUUCUGGCCGGUCUUCAGGACAUCUCUUCUCACUCUCGUCAAAGCGGCUUUUGUCGACGAUCUCGGCAGCAGUGUCUCUGAGUCUAGUGGAAGACAGGGGUCAGAGGUCGAGAACACAAAACAGGUUAUGGCCUGA